GACCAGGAAGAAAAUAAAGGAGCAACCAGCUGGCCAGAGUUUUAUAUCGAUCAGCUGAAUUCAAUGGCUGCUAGAAAAUCACUGAUCGCCUUGGAAAAAGAAGAUGAGGAGGAGAGAAAUAAAACAAUCGAAAGUUUGAAGACUGCACUGCGGACGAAACCAAUGAGGUUUGUAACCCGGUUCAUCGACCUGGAUGGCUUGUCGUGUAUUCUGAACUUUCUCAAAAGCAUGGACUAUGAGACGGCAGAGUCUCGCAUACAUACCUCGCUCAUUGGAUGUAUAAAAGCACUAAUGAACAACUCCCUGGGCCGGGCUCACGUCCUGGCCCAUUCGGAGAGUAUUAACGUAAUCGCUCAGAGUCUGAGCACGGAGAAUAUUAAGACGAAGGUGGCAGUGCUGGAAAUCAUGGGCGCUGUGUGCCUGGUUCCCGGGGGCCACAAAAAGGUACUGGAGGCGAUGCUGCACUACCAGAAAUACGCCAGCGAACGGACUCGUUUUCAGACGCUGAUCAAUGACUUGGACAAGAGCACGGGGCGGUAUCGAGAUGAAGUGAGCCUCAAGACAGCCAUCAUGUCCUUCAUCAACGCGGUCCUGAGCCAGGGGGCAGGCGUGGAAAGCCUGGAUUUCAGACUCCAUCUGAGAUACGAAUUUCUCAUGCUCGGGAUCCAGCCAGUCAUUGAUAAAUUAAGAGAGCAUGAAAAUUCAACUCUUGACAGGCACUUAGAUUUCUUUGAAAUGCUUAGAAAUGAAGAUGAACUGGAGUUUGCCAAAAGAUUUGAGCUGGUCCACAUCGACACCAAAAGUGCGACUCAGAUGUUCGAGCUGACGAGGAAGAGGCUGACGCACACCGAGGCAUACCCGCACUUUAUGUCUAUCCUGCACCACUGUCUCCAAAUGCCUUACAAAAGAAGCGGCAACACUGUCCAGUACUGGCUGCUGCUCGACAGGAUCGUGCAGCAGAUCGUCAUCCAGAGUGACAAAGGGCAGGACCCUGACGCCACUCCCCUGGAAAACUUCAAUAUUAAAAAUGUUGUCCGAAUGUUAGUCAAUGAAAAUGAAGUGAAACAGUGGAAAGAGCAAGCAGAAAAAAUGCGAAAAGAGCACACUGAGCUUCAGCAGAAGCUGGAGAAGAAGGAGCGGGAGUGCGAUGCCAAGGCCCAGGAGAAGGAAGAAAUGAUGCAGACGCUGAACAAGAUGAAGGAGAAGCUGGAGAAGGAGUCCAGCGAGCACAAGCAGGUCAAGCAGCAGGUGGCAGAUCUCACGGCGCAGCUCCACGAAAUGAGCAGGAGAGCUAUCUGUGCUGCUGGCCCCGGAGGACCUCCCUUGCCACCAGGAGCUCCUGGUGGCCCUUUACCUUCUCCGGCUCCUGGAUCCCUUCUUCCCCCU